AUGACAGUACAGCACUCUAGAGGGCAGACUAAGCUACCAGGGGUUGGUGGCUUCACCACGACGAGGACCAGCAGUGAAUACGCUCGCCCAGUCGUCGAUGGUGAUGCUUUUGAGGUCAACCCAAGUAACGUGCCAACUCCUCCGAGCUCUCCUGAAUCAAGAUCCUCCCAAGAUGAAGGGAAACUGGGAGGUCGCAACCGCGAGGUCUUCAGCAAAACGCGAAUGUGUAAAUUUUUCUUGCGAGGCCAAUGCAAGCACGGUUCGGACUGCGGAUAUGCGCACGACUGGAGCGAGCUGAGGCAGGCCCCUGAUCUCCGGAAGACUAAAAUGUGUCAACUGUACCGCAAAGGGCAGUGCCCUAACGGUGCUGAUUGCGCCUAUGCACAUAGUCGUGACGAGCUCAGGGCCACUGCUGAUGUUUAUAAGACUUCCCUUUGCCGUUUUUGGAUGAACGGUUCGUGCAAUGCUGGUUCGAAGUGCCGACAUGCACAUGGUGCUCAUGAGCUCCGUACUAGAGUCCCCACUGCGGCUGGUACGGAUGCUGUCUUGACCGCUUCUACUACUAACCGUCUGGCCGAGGUUGCCGCCGCUAACGAGGAUCCCGACUUGAUGGCUACUGCCGCUUCUUUAGCUGCCUCUCAGAAGGCUGCUCUGGGGAGCACUAUGGCCAUGAAUGACUACUUGGAGCAAGCUAAUUUGUUAGAGCAGAUAGCGAAGACUCUCGAGCAGCUCAAUGAGACUACUGGCAGUAGCGGCUUCACUGCUGGUGAUGAGGUCACUCUCAGGCUACGUUCAUACACUGGCGGCAGAGAUAUGGUUGCUGCUUUAUUAGAUGACCCGCCAGUGGAGGCCCCUAGUGUUACCAACACUCUCCCUACUGUACCGAUGCCUGGCUUGGAUGUUGCGGCACCGGUGUUCGUCCCUCGUAAAUCUAUUAGUUCAAUAAGCAACGAGCAGCUGCAGCAGCUUCAGUCGAUUAUCGAGGAGGCCGGUUACAACCUACCAAGUGCCGCCGCGACAACUCCUUUGAAGGGCCCGGCCGCCUCUCCAGAUUCUGCGUUCGCUCCUGCUGUUGCUGAUAGUCGCCCACGUGGUUUCAGUGGUUGGAAACCUUAUGAACCUUCUAAUGUGAAUUCUCGAAGACUAAGUCAAAUAGCUACGAUCCUUGAAGCUAAGAGGAGACUCUCUAGCUUUAGCUUGGCCCCACCUGGUGUCAUGCCUGGUCAGAAUCUCCCUCCUAUGCCAAGUCCCAAUAGGGGACCACUGGCUUAGUACAAACGUUCGACAUACCCGGAAGCCUGCUUCUAGCAGUUUUAAGGAUCACUAGCAACUACUCUGUGAACAGCUAGUGUCAGUUUCCGUGGUAUCUUACCAGGUAUCUGCGCUAUAUGUGAUAGAGUCUUUAUUCCCCUGUGUAUGUUAUCAACUCGACACCAGGUAUUAGACCAUUAAAGUUGUUAUGCGGUUCAGAUUUUCUAAUGCUGUGAAAGUCGUUGUUGCCAUUAUUACUGCUGUUGACAACAGCCUGUUGUUAUACUGGGGAUCCAUAUUGAUUUCUAGACUCGACAGUAAUGUUGAUUACGUACC